AUGUCAGAAAGUGUUAUUCAAAGUAACCGAAAGGAACUAUUAGACUCUGCAGUGUCAUUUUUGAAUGAGCCAAGUGUAGCUAAUGCUCCCCUUGAGAAAAAGAUUGAGUUUUUAAAGAGCAAAGGUUUGAGUGAACAAGAGAUUGAACAAGCUCUUAAAGUUGCUACUGAUACUCCAUCUCAAAGUGUAGUCGUUUCUAAGUCGGAACCAAAGAUCGAUAGAGAUGAGUUUGUUUAUGAAUCACUUCCUCCUCCAUUGCCUGCUCGUGAUUGGCGUGAUUAUUUCAUAAUGGCAACAGCAACAGCGGGUUUGUUCUAUGGUGUUUAUGAAGUUACAAAAAGAUAUGUAUUGCCUAAUGUGUUACCUGAAUCUAAGACUAAGCUUGAACAAGAUAAAGAGGAAAUCAAACUACAGUUAGAGAAAGUUGAUUCAUUAUUAAAUGCUAUCGAACAAGAGCAUAAUGCCUUUAAGUCAAAAGAAGAGGAGAAAAUGAAUGAAUUGGAUCACACUAUGUCUCAAUUACAAACUGCAUUGGAUGAAACGUCGAAGACAAGAGCCAAAAUGGAAUAUGAACUCGAAAAUAUCAAGUCACAAGUUGGAUCUCUUCAAUCAGCAGUAGAUAAAUUUAUUUCUACUGAUAGCAGUUCAAGGGAUUUGGAAUCUAUUUUAAAGGAGAUUGAUUCAUUGAAGAAUUUGAUUAAAAUAUCAGGUUCCAUUGCUAAAAAUGAUGAAAAUUCUGAGUCAAACGGUAAUGGUAAAGCAACUUCUUUCUCCGGUUCUUCAGUACCAGGGAUAGAUACUAUUCCAAGUGCCUCAGAAGUUUUGGCAAAAAUUAAGUUGGGUAAUAAAGAUGCUGAUAAGAAUGUCCCUGCUUGGAUGAAGAACAAGGAGCAAGCCCAAAUUGAUAAUUCAAUUCCUGAAUGGCAGAAGAAUGCAUUAAGUACUACAGAUAUCCCAGAUUGGCAAACUACAGUUGAAACAGCAGAAGCAGAAGAAAAUGGGACAACAGGUGAGAAUGAAAAAGUUGGUGAAUAG